CACUAGCGCCACCGCUGUGCGGUAUCGUGAAACAGAAAAAGCUGCAAAAAAGUGUAAUCAGCUCGUGUUGUCAUCGGAGGCAUUUUUCCAGCCGAUUUUCGUGUGGAAAAAGCUUACUAGGCUGGUGAAAAACUAUGUAGCAGCGACGACGCGUACGGAGGCGACCCCCAAACCACAUGGGCCAGCCACCACCAGGAAAUGUGUGUAUAGUGUCGUUGUAAGCCAGCCGCCGCUGCCCGUCAGAAUUUGAAACGCAUGUAUUCAUGGAAAAGAAGGCGGAAAAAAACGUAACACGACUGGUAGCCUGGUAGCCUGGUGCCCGCGUCCUCCUCCCCCAUUCCCGAAAAAGAAGGAAACCCCGCGUGAGAGGAAAUGAUGAUUGAAAAGUGAACGUGUAUACGAGUAGAGCGAGCGAGAAAGAGAGAGAAAGAGAGCGAGAGAAAAGUACACGGAAACGGAAAGUUGCAAUAGAAGAAACCCGCGAAGAAGAAGUCAUAGCAUACCCGAAGCCCAAGAAGAGGAAGAAGAAGAAGCAAACGGACAUUUGCGUUAAUGUUUUUGUAUGUUGAUGUUUUUGAGUUGUGCUCUAAGAAUUGCAGUGAAAUAGUUUAGUUUUCAUCAUCCGCGUGCGCGUGUUUGUGUGUGUAUGUGUAUGUGUGUGCGUGCGUCGUCUGUCGGUGGCGCACAUGUGUUUGGGCCGUCGCCGCUUGUGCACGACGGGCCGCACCAGUAGUGCCGGGGAACGGAUCUACAAUCGCGCAGGGCGACGAACCGCCCCAUUAACCGGAAGUGAGCAUGGAUCCGGAACAAAUACUGCUCGACACCAACGACUUCGAGGAUGGUUCCGAUUACGGUGAUUACGAGUUCAUCCAGGACCAGGAUGCAUUGUCGUUGAAUGCGCCGCUCGAAGCAAUUUUGGACCCGGCGACCACCAUCUCGUGUCAAUCCUCGCCGACCGACGACUGUCUGCCGCAGAAUCUCGACGAGCCGCAGCAGCAGCAGCAGCAACCGCAACAGUCAGUUGAUGGUGGAGGCAGCAGCAGCAGCAACGGCAGCAAUAACCGAACGGAGGAGACGACUCCCCGCAGCAGCACAGCAGCAGCAGCGCCGAAGCCACAGCAUCAGAAGCUAACGAUCAAAACGAUCAUACUGAACGCGUCGUCCUCGUCCGCUGGAACCGGCACCGCUAGCGUAACGCUCAACAGUGGCACCGGCUCGUCCGCCUCCUCCUCGAACGCAUCGUCGCCGGCAUCGUCCUCGCCGUCGUCUGUGUCGUCACCGGCGGCGGCACACCCGCCGGUCGUGCGGUUCGGUCUCGGCGGUGGCAAACCAUCGGCCGCGGCCCUUCGCCGCGGUCCCGGGCGGCCGAAGAAAGAUUUCAUCCCGCUGCUGAAGAUGUCGUCCGGGGGUGGCACAAAUCCGGCCGGCAGCGGUCCCGCAGGCGGUUUCGGCAACAGCAGCAGCAGCACCACGAUGAUCAAGCUGAGCGGUGCUACGAUCGCGGCCGCUGCCUCACUGGCCGGCGGAAGCACGUCACCGUCCGCCGCGGAAAGCAAAGUUGUUAAAAGAUAUAAAAGUACUAAUGUUGUUCGUGGUGGUAUUCCUAAAAGGAAAAUGGAGAUGGCAAUGCACGACACUACCACCACCACCACCACCACCAUUCCCUCGAGUUCCAUCACGCCCGGUGCGCGGAGUCCGUCGUCGGGUGCGCCCGUGCCGCUAGCUUCACCGACCGCCGGGUUCGGCGGCUCACUGCUUGCUUCCCCGAGCGAUGAUGGCGGUGGCGCAGCCAGCACGGCCAACAGCUCCGUCGCGUCCACGCCGACCGGCGAGAUCGAGGCCGAUCCGGCCCUGCUCAUGCCCGCGCCGGACGAUAUGCCGUACUUUCCCGAGAAGUACCCGGGCAAGCAGUGCAUCCUGUGCAAUCUCGGCGAACGGAGCCAGCUCGGGCAGGGCGAAAUGUUGCGCAUCGAGAUGACGCUGGCCGCGGACCAGAUUGCGUCCGCACUGUCGCAGGAAGACAAAUCGCACAGCGGCACGAACGGGACCGAUGCGUUCGGCGACAAAAGUCCACGGGCGAACAGCUUGCUCGGGCCGCCCCAGCUCGGCAGCAGCAAGCGACAGAAAGGCUCCAACAAGUGCAAAAAUCCAAUACCAAAUGCCGAGUACACGGACGAGCUGGAAAAGAUCGGUCAUCUGGAGGUGCUGGAUAGCUCGAUUAGCGAUGGAGGCUACUUCUACGUCCACCGGUCCUGCGCGCUCUGGUCGUACGGGGUGGGGCGGGACCCGGUCAGCGGGACGCUAAGCAACCUGGAGCUGAUGGUGGUGCAGAGUCUCAGCCGACGGUGUCACUUUUGCACCCACUACGGUGCCAGCCUGUCGUGCAAGAUGUCUUGCCCCAAGUGGUACCACUUCCCGUGCGUAGCCGCGUCCGGCGGGUUCCAGGUCAUCCAGACGUACAACAUCUUCUGCAAGGAGCAUCUCGGACAAGUGCCUUUAGUGUGUGCGGAGGACAUCAACUGCCGGCAGUGUUCGGCGCUCGGCGACGUCGGCAACCUGGUGAUGUGCUCGAUCUGUGGCGACCACUACCACGGCACGUGCGUCGGGCUGGCCCAGCUGCCGGGCGUCCGGACCGGCUGGCAGUGCAACUCGUGCAAGAAGUGCCAAAUCUGCCGCGUACCGGACUCGUCCGAGGGCCGCUCGGUCGCGUGCGAGCUUUGCGACAAGAUCUACCACGCGAGCUGCCUGCGCCCGGUCAUGACGUCGAUACCGAAGAUCGGCUGGAAGUGCCGCUGCUGCCGGGUGUGCUCGGACUGUGGGGCGCGCACGCCCGGCGCCGGGGCUUCGUCGCGCUGGCACUCGCACUACACCGUGUGCGACUCGUGCUAUCAGCAGCGCAACAAGGGCUUCUCCUGCCCGAUCUGCCACCGGGCGUACCGGGCGGCGGCCCACCGCGAGAUGGUCAAGUGCAGCGUGUGCUACAAGUUCGUGCACAGCACGUGCGAUCCGGACGCGGAGCUGUCGGUGUACAAUGCGCGCAAGGAGGCGAACCCGGACUACGAGUAUCUGUGCAGCCCGUGCAAGACGGUCAUACACAGCGGGCGACUGGCGGCGGCCCUGCGCCGCACCAGCAGCGUGGACGAGGACGGCAUGUCGGGUUCGCAGGACAGCGCGAACGACGACGCGAUGGACGUGGACGGGCCGGAGGGGCGGGAAUCGGUGCGCGAUCGAUUGGAGCGCAGCGGGAGCGGCUCGUUGGAUGUCGGGCUCGGCAAGGGCAAACCGUACGUGGCGAGCAAGAUAGCGAAAAAGCGGCUCGGGCUGUCGCUGAGCGGUGGGCUGGCGGGGAGCCGGCCGAAAGGGCUCGGCAAGGGAUUCCAGAAAAAGUCCCGCCUGGCGGACAUUACGCGGAAGCGCGGCUCGAAGGCGAAGAUGCGCGGCAUCUUCGGUGUGCCCGGGCUGGGGCUGCAGCGGCCGACGGCGGACCAGGCGACGGCGGCGAAGGCCAGCGAGGAGGAGCCGGGCGGCGAGAACCGGCUGGUGCUGUGCUCGGCCAAGGACAAGUUCGUGCUGACGCAGGACAUUUGCGUGAUGUGCGGCGCGAUCGGGACGGACCAGGAGGGUUGUCUGAUCUCCUGCACCCAGUGCGGCCAGUGCUACCAUCCGUACUGCACGAACGUGAAGGUGACGAAGGUGAUCCUGCAGAAGGGCUGGCGCUGCCUGGACUGCACGAUAUGCGAGGGGUGCGGCCAGCGGCACGACGAGGCGCGGCUCAUACUGUGCGACGAUUGCGACAUCUCGUACCACACCUACUGCAUGGAUCCGCCGCUCGAGCAGGUGCCGCAGGGCACGUGGAAGUGCAAGUGGUGUGCGAUGUGCCUUAAGUGCGGCGCCAACAGUCCCGGGUUUAACUGCGCCUGGAUGAACGCGUACACCGAGUGUGGGCCGUGCGCGAGCCAGUCGAGCUGCCCGUCCUGCAGCGAGGGUUACGCGGAGGGCGAGCUGAUCAUCCAGUGCCACCAGUGCGAACGGUGGCUGCACUGUGGCUGCGACCAGAUCAAGACGGAGGCGGACGCGGAACGGUGCGCCGAGGAGGGCUACACGUGCGUCGGUUGCCGGCCGACCGAUCAGCCGCCGCCCCAUCUGGUGCCGAAGCGCAAAUCCUCCACCGCGACCGUGCCGGCGAUUGCGGCAGCAGCAGCAGCUUCGGCGCUCACGGCAAGCGCACUGGCGAAGCUGAGCGCCAAGCAGGAGGAACGGAUAGCGCCGCUCGCGCUGGAAGGCAACCACUACCUGGACGGCGUGUGCCUGAGCGAGCACGGCCUGCACCAGAUCAAGGCGCUGCAGGCCGAGUUCGGCAAGCGGGGAAAGCGCAAACCGAAGCUGCCGCCGGUCGAACCGCAGGCGGCCGAAAAGGAUGCGGGCAUACUGGCGGCGAUCGAGUCGGUGGUGGCGGGCAGCAGCCACGACAACUCGCUCGAGGAGAUGCGCCUCGAGCCGCUCGAUCCGCGCGAGGAGGCGGAAAUCUACAAGGACGGCAUGGUGUGGAACGAUCCAACGCCACCGGAAGGCUUCGCGCUGUUCACGACCGAAACGGGGACGGUGGUGCUGCGCAAGAAGCGGCAGCGCAACCUGCAAAAACUAGGCAUCGGUGGGUUCUUUGUGCGCAACCGGGGCAUCCGAACGAAGGACGGCAAGGACGACGAGGACCUGGUGGACGGGCUGGGCGAGGACGGGCGGGCAGAGGACGGGCAGCCCGGUGGUAGCAGCAACAAGCCAAAGAAGAAACCGAUCCGGCGCAAGCCGAAGAGCAAGCUGAUCGAGAUCUAUCCGAGCAUACUGCAGGACGCGUUCUUCGGGCGCACGCUGCUGGCCGCGAAUGCGCCACUGUUUGAGGCGCCGGCCAGCGACGAGGAGGCGAAGAGCGACGUGUCGGACGACAAGACGGUGAAGCUGUCGGCGGAGGAGCUGAAGCUGUUCGAGGCUGUGAAGAGCAAGGAGGAGGAAGUGGCCAGCGCGCAGGCGAAGGAGCAUUCCGACGCGCAGCCGGGGGUGGCCCCGUCGACCGCCAGCGCUGCGACCGCUGCUAGUCAGGUGGGUCCGUCGAUUAAGAGCCAGGCGGCGGGUGGGCAGCAGGGCGCCGCAGUGCCACAACAUCCGGGACAGCGAACAGCAACCGGCGGCGGCGGAACGUCCCAAUCGCAACCGGGCACACCGGGCAGCAGUGCCGCGCCGCCGCCGCCGUCGUCGGUUGCGCCUUCACCGGCAGCGGCAGCCGCCGCUAUGUCUUCCAGUGGGGCGAACAACGCGGCGGGCGGCUUUACCGCGAACGGUGGUCCCGCUCCCACCAAGAUGGAGGAGGAUGAGACCAGCGACACGGAGGGGCUGAACGAUGUGCUCGGCCUGCCGAACGACCUGAUCGAGGAGGACUUUGUGAGCCAAAUCAUGACCGAGGACGAGCUGAUCAAGCACUCCGCGGCCUUUGACGAGCUGGCGACCGACCCGGAGCUCACCGAUACGCUGGCCAAAUCGUCCAAGGACGAGCUGGUGGACAUGCUGAGCCCGCACUUUGAUCUCACCAACAUUGGCCAGAUGGACAGCAAGGUGGUGGAGGAGAUUUUCAAAACCGUCCUCACGGACGAAUCACAGGAAUCUCAGGAAUCGAUGCUUGCCAGCUCCAUGACGCCGUACACGUCCAACACGUCCACACCGUCGCACAGUGCCGACGUGACGAAGAAGGCGGUCAACACGCGCUACAUUGCCACGGCCGGACAAACGAUGGUGCAUCCACCGCAGCAACCACAGCCAAUGCAGCAGGAUCAACAGCAGCAGCAGCAGCAGCAACUUCAAUCACAGCAAGCGCAAAUGGUGGUGGGCACACAUCCACAAUCGCAACAGCAGCAGCAGCAACGCACGCUACAGUCGGUUGUGAUGCCGCAAACAAUGCAGAUGGCCAACCAGCAGGGAAUGCUCACGGACGCUCAGCAGUCACCGCUCGCCGCUGGUACCGUAAUGGGUGGGGUGGCAGUGAAUCAAUCACCUCAGCAGCAGCAACAGCAGAUGGGCAAUCCAAUGGCCAUAAUGCCCCAGCCACACAUGGCCGGCCAAACAGCCAUGGGUGGACAGAUGAUGCUGCAGCAGCAGCAACAGCCGGGUGUCGGAAUGAUGCAGACUGGCAUUAUGCAACCCUCGCCAUUAGGCCCGAACCAAGCAAUGCAACAGCAGCAGCAGCAGCAGCAACCCAACGCGACAUUCCCUAUGAUGCCGGUGCAGCAGCAGCAACAGCAAACGCAACAGCAGCAGCAACUGUCGCUCCCAGUUGGCGGUCCAGUGGUUGAUGCCAACCAGCAGCAACUAUCUCGAGGGUACUUUUCAAAUGACUUCCUUUCCAGCAGCGCAAUGAUGGGCGGAUACCAGGAUCCUAGUCAAAAUCAAUCCCCGGGAACGAUUGGGGUGGUGCAAGCGCCAAUGCAGCAACCCGGCCAACAGUGGGGUACGCCUCAAAGCGUACCAGCGCUCCCGGGCGGUCCUACGCCGAUGGAUACUACUCCCGCACCGACCACCGACAACCUGGCCGGUGGCGCUUCGGUCGUUGCUGCCGCCGGCACUGGUACGGGCGUGAUGGUCGGUGCGCUGGAUGAAACGAACGUGAAGAGCGCCCAGAAGCUGUCGGAAAAAAUGCGCAAGGACGAAAUGCUGGGCGAUAUGGCGACGAUUUCGUCGGUGCUGUACUGCAACAUGAGCCAUCCGGAGCUGAAGACGGAGUACCCGAACUGGAACGACCGCUGGAAGCAGAUCAGCAAACGGUGGCGGCUGCUCUCGAACGAGGAAAAGCAACCGUUCCUGCAGCAGGCCCGCGACAACCGGUCCGCCAGCAAGAUGAAGAAAACGCAGCAGGUACCACAAUUAUCACCCAAAGAUGGCAACAGCAAUAGUUCUGGUACGAUGAACAUUGUUGGCCCAUCGUCUGCAUCUUCCCCCUCUUGUUCCUCAUCAUCGAACAUAUCGGGCUCGCUUGCCACGGAGUCGGGUUCGCUCCUAAUCGGUGCGGACCAGCAAACGGUGGUCACGGCCGGUGGGUUAGUGCAGCAACAGCACCAGCUCAACAUUCAUCAGCAUCAUCACCAGCAGCAGCAGCCUCAUCAACCGAUGCAGCAGCAGCAGCAGCAGCAGACGGCAUCCCUCGGACAGCAGAUGCAGCAGAUGCUGCACAGCAGCGCGCCGCUACAGCAACACCAGUCCCAACUACUUGAGGAUCAGGAUAAAAUAAAUGCGCAGCAAAAAAGUAUGCGCGAAGCGGAACAGGAACGCCAGUGGAAGCAGCUGCAGCAGCAGCGCGCCCGAGAGCAACAAUCGCAACAGCAUUUGCUGCUGCCGGAGCAAAGGAUGCAAGAUCCAACGAUGCAACUGCAGGUGGCAACCGACAUUGGUUCCGGUGGGGUAGGGCCGAUGGCAAGUCCGUCCCCCAACUCGCGCGGACCAUUCGUGUCACCGGUCAGCAAGGGUCGCAUGGCACCGUCCGUUGGCCCGAUGGGCGUCGGUAUGAACGCUCCCUCGAGUCCGGUUGCGGGCAACUUCCAGCACCCGCUGGGUAUGCCAUCGCGCGGGCUGCCAAUGCAGCAGCAGCGCCAGAUGCAGGGCCAGGUCGUCGGUGCCGGUGGCCCAACGGUGCGCAUGCCGCUCAGCCCCUUCUCGCCGCAGUCGCAGCAACCGCAGUCGCCGCACGACAUCCUGCCCGAGUCGCCGGCCAGUCAGCACUCCGGCAUGGAUCCGUUCGUUCGCCCACCGUCCGAGGGGAUGGCGGACACGUACGCCGUGCACCAUUCCCCGCAGACGCCCCGUUCGCUCGGCCAUCAAAGCCCGGUGGCGGCGGCCAACCGUAGCCCGGCCUACCCCGGGCCGCAGAUGGCGAACGCGAACGCGCCCGGUGGCGGGAUGCGCAUCAACACGAUGGAUUCGGGCUAUCCGGGAGGGGCACCGGGCACACCAAGGCCACAGUUUUCCACCGGCACGUCCAGACCGACGGUUUACGCACGGCCGGGCGAUCUGUACAAUCUCAUGCAGAACUCACCGUUCGCUUCGCCCCGCUCGGAAGGGUUUGCGCAAUCGCCCCAGGAAGGUAACCGGCAGCUGCGUGACCUGCUGCAGCGUCAGCAGCUUCCGGCGCCUAACAAUCCCGUGGGCGGAUCCGCGGGUGUUGGUGGGGGUGGCGUUGUGGCCGGCGCUGGAUUAAUGCAGCCGAAUUCCGCUCAACAGUCGCCGGUCCAGUCCGUACAAUCGCCCGGUGGAUUUAUGGUGGACGAGCAACAGCAGCAACAGCAGCAACAGCAGCAGCAGCUACAGUUGCAACAACAGCAGCAACAGAUGCAGCAACAGCAACAACAACAGCAACAGGUACAACAGCAACAAUCAACACAAAUGCAACAACAGCAACAAGCACAGCUGCAACAGCAACAGCAGCAGCAGCAAACGGGAAUGAUGCAACCUCAAGGCACUGUGAUGCCCUCGAGCCCUACCGAUAUGGGAACGUUCCGGCAGCCCCUGCCACCGAACAUGAUGGCCCGUCCGCGCAUGCCUGGCACAAUGAUACGCCCGUCCGGCAACAUCGUGCUGGGAGCGAACAAUCAAAUACUGGUGCGGCAACAGAUCGUCCGUACUGCCGGUGCGAAUCAGAUGGUAAUUACACAGCAAGGCAUGAUACAGCAGCAGCAGCAGCAGCAACACGGCCAGCAGGGCGGUCAAAUACUGCGCCAGCGGAUGCAGCUUGGCGGGCAGCCCGGAGCCAACGCUCCAGAUGGUACGCAGUUCGUGGCGCUCAAUGGGCAGUUAAUGCAUUCCCAGCAGCAGCAGCAGCAACAGCAGCAGCAACAACAGCUCAUGAAUCAACAGCAAGUAUUAACCUCCUCGCAGACCGAUCAGCAAAACAUAGCACUGCUUGCCCAGCGGCUUGCGGGUGAAGGCGAGGCGCACGUACCUUCGCAAAAUAACAUUGCCCGAGGAGGACCACAAACAGCCCAGCAGCAGCAGCAGCAACAAACUGCUGCGCCCGGCAGUGGCCAACAACCGGACGGAUCGUCCGAGAUCCCGGACAGCGUGAGUGCGGAGUUGGAAAAGCUGGAGCAAGAAGAUAACACCGGCAUGGGUGAGGUGGAAGGUGUGGGCGAUCUUCUGGGCGAGCUGGACGAUGAUGAUGCGGAGCUGCUCGAUUCACUGACGGCCGAGAUGGGCGAUCACUUUAACAUCCUCGAGUAUGCUGAUCCUGAGCUGGAUACGACCGACGGCGAAAAGUCCAACCUGCUCGACAGCCUCGAGCUGGACGAUGAGGCGAAGGACGGGGAUGCAAAAACGCGACAGAAGCAAGGCGGCGAAAACGUCGAUCCCAGUGCGUUUGAGAAGAUGGAUGAUGCAAACAAGCAGCAGCAGCAGCAGCAGCAGCAGCAGCAGCAGGUUGGACCGGGUGGCACGAUCGCCGCCAGAAAUGUGGCCGGUCCAACUGGUAUUAUGCAGCAGCAUCUUACCGGUGCGGGUGGAGCCACAGCGGUACAGAAUACGAUGCAAAGCAAUUUUGCCACCGCACAAGGUCAAAUGAUGCAACAACAGCAGAACCAACAGAUGCAGCCGCAACAGCAGUUUGGACAGCAGCAAAUGCAAAUGUCGUCCGUUGCCGGUGGACAGCAGAAGCUGAUGGCGGGCAAUCAGAUAAGAAUGGUGCGACCAAAUCUUAUGGGACAACCGUCGAUGCAGCAAAUGCAGCAGCAACAGCUUCAACAAGGUGUAGUCGUCGGACAAAACACAAUGGUGGCUGGGCCUCGAAUGAUGGCAGCGGAUGGAACAGUGGGAGUGGCUGGAACGUCCACCAUGAAGGCAGGCUUCAUCAAUCAGCAACGCAUGCAGCAGCUCAAACAGCUCGGACCCAAUGGUGGUGGCGGGAUGGUGCAGAACAUCAUUCCUGCCGGGCAACCGCAAACCCGAAUGGUACAGCAAAUGGGACCGGGUCAGCGAAUCUUACAAACGCCACUACAGCAAGUGCAGCAGCAGCUUGUCCCAGGGAUGGGCAAUCAACCACAGAUGGCAAUGCAACAGCAGCAGCAACAACAGCAGCAACUGCAAGUGCAGCAGCAGCAGCAGCAGCAAGGGAUGCAGCAGCAGCAGCCGCAGCAACAGCAGCAACAAAACGUGCCGGCCGCUGUGGGGCAACCACCGCCACCGCCCUAUCCCGAGCCACCGCCACCGUAUCCGGGCAGCCAAGCCGGUGGCAAUCCAAUGCAGGAGCAGCGCUUACUGCUGGAGGACAUGGUGGAGCAGGAGAAGCGUGAGCAAGCUAACCAGCUGCAACAGGUCGGUGAUAUGCCACCGAAUCAGAUCAUGAUGAACGACCAGGGUUACGAACAGAUGUUGAACAACCCGCAGCAGGGUGUCGGCGGCCGCCUUGCACAGCAGCAAACGGGAAUGGUGACCGCACAGCACAGCCAAACGCAGCAGCUGCAAUCGCCCGUUAUGCAUCAGCAGCUGCAAAUGCAAUCACCAAACAAUGGUCAGUUUAUGAUACAACAGCAGCAGCAGCAGCAGCCAAGAAUGGCUCCGCAAUGGCGCCAACAAGCACCGGGAGGCGUCAAUGUAAUGGGACAGCAGCAGCAACAACAACAACAACAACAACAACAACAACAACAACCACAACUACAACAGCAAGGCCAGAUGGUUGGUGGAGGAUUGAUCAAUCAAAUACCAAAAAAUACGAUGGUUGCCAUGACGACACCCGCACCAACGGCCGCCGGCUCACCGCAGACCGCCGAUCCGUCCGGCAGCAAAACGAUCCCGCUCUUCCAGGCGAACCUGCAGCCGCAACCGCCACAGCCACCGGAAACGAUCGCCACCGAGCAGGAUCGGCUGCUGCAGAUCAACUACGAGAACUGGCUGAACCAGCAAAACACCGUCCUGUCCAACCAGCUGAAGUACUACGAGACGGAAAUCGUGAAGCUGCGCAAGGUGAAGAAGCAGCUCAACACGAAACAGCGCCACCUGCGCAAGCAGGGCAACGAGCUGACGGAGAACGACGCGAAGGAGCUGCAAAAGAUCACGGCCGACCAUACGGUCAUCCAGAAGCAGCUCGAGAACGCACGGCGCCAGCAGCGCCAGCACUCGGUGAUACUGCAGGAGUACAAAACGAAGCACCAGUCGGGCAAGCCGGCGUCGUCCGGCGCGUCCACACCGGUCGGUGCGCCCGGCAGUUCGCCGGCCCAGUCGCUGAUAGCGCCGCCGUCACCGCUGAUGUCGCCGUCGCCCAGCUCGCAGCCGGGCUCGCUGUACCAGCCGACGGUGCAGUCGCCGCUGAGCAAUCUCAUCCUGCAGCCGAACCAAAGCCCGCUGCACUCGCCCAGCCCGCUGCUGUCGCACAGCCCGGGCCCGGCCAGCGUGAACUCGUCCGUGCUGCAGAGCCCGGGCGGCAACCAUACCAACUCGAACAGCGCUAUGUCGCCGUACAGCACGAUGCAACCGUCACCCCGCAUCGGUACGCCCCACUCGCAGAUCGAUGAAAACCCGUUCAGCCCCGGGCCGGGCGGUGGCCCGUCGCCUUCGCCUUCCCUGCCCGGCCGGCUGACGUCACCGGCGCCGCGCAUGACCUCGCCCCAGCAUCGAAUGGCGGGCCAGCAGAUGGUGGUCGGUGGGCCGAACCGCAUGGUCCCCAGCCCGGGCAAUCAGUUCAACCAGCAGCAGGGCAUGAUGAUGCAAAACACAAUGAUGAGCUCGCAGCUGCCACAGCAACAGCAAAUCCAGCAGCAGCAGCAGCAGCAUCAGCAGCAACAACAGCAGCAAACACGCUUUGUGCGGCCUCAAACCAUACCGAAUGAUCCCAAUAUUCGAAUGCGAGUUGCAAACAGCAUACAAAUGCAACAGCAACAGCAGCAGCAGCAACAGCAGCAACAAAUGAUGGCUCAAAAUCCCAACCUUCGCCAGAUGCAGCCGGGAGCGGUCGGGGCGGGCUACAACUCGCCACUCGGCAGUCCGCAGCCCAUCAUGUCACCCGGGGGCAAUAUGAACCAACAGCAGCAGCAGCAGCAGCAGCAGCAGCAACAACAGCCGAUGCAACAGUCGCAGCAAGCGAUGGAUCCACGCACGAUGCAGCUGCUCCAGCAGCAGCAGCGCAUGCAGCAAAUUCAACAACAGCGCCAACAGCAGAUGAUGCAUCAGCAACAACAACAACAGUCACCACAGCAUGGCGGUGUACAAGCGGGCACAAUGAUGCAACAAUCCAAUCAGCAACAACAGAUGCAAAUGAUGCAGCAGCAGCAGCAGCAGCAACAACAGCAAAUGCAGAUGCAGCAACAAAUGCAGCAACAGCAGCAACAGCAGAUGAAUUACGCCAAGCAAAGUCCGAUACAUCAGCAGCCACCGUCACCGCUGUUAAGCCAUGGCGGGGGCAAUACGCCCACCUCUUCCCCGAUGCCUCAAAGCCCGAUGAUGUACUACAGCCAACAACAACAACCUCAACAGCAGCAGCAGCAGCAGCAACAACAGCAAGGUCAGCAAAUGCAGCAACAGCUAAUGCGUCAGCAAUCGAUGUCGACCGGAGAAAGCUAUCCAAAUGCAUCGGUCGGCGGCGGCGGUGGUGGUGGUGGUGGUAUGAACCACCCAUCGAACCCAAUACCGCUGCCGUUCGGGAAGUUUGGCUACAUCAAGCUCGGUCUUCGCGGCGGUUCGCCAAUGUGGGGUAAUGCGCGGGGCAACAAGCGCGCCAAUCCCGUCGCCCAGUUCCAACAGCAGCAGCUCCAAAAGCAGCAGCAGCUGCAGAAACAGCAGCAGCAGCAGCAGCAACAGUCGGCCGGCGGUAGCAGCGCCACAGCUGGAACAUCGGCGGGCACAACCCGCACACCACCACAAUCGGCACUCGCCAUGGAGGUGAGAAAGCAAACCAUCAACACGGCCGGCACGACGACGCUGGUGCCGCACCGGAAUCGCAUCACGAUCGUGCAGAAACCGGCCGGCGGUAUUACGACGACGACGACGACGCUGAACACGGUAGGCGUCACCAUCAAGCCGGUGGGCGGUGGAACGGAGCCAGCGACAGCGAACAGUAGCGGCGCCAGUGGUAGCGGCACCGUUGAAGAGAUCGUCGUAAUCGACAGCAGCCCCGACGAGAAGCAGCAGCGGCUGCUCGAUUACGAUGAUGACAACGAUAAGGCGCUGGUCGGCACGGAGGUGUCUCUGAACUCGGUCGCCCAGCACGGUGUCGACGGGGAUGAAGCGAUCAUGGAGUCGUUCGGUAGUGGAACACCAGCCGGGUACGAUAUCGUGGGGAGUCCGCUCGAUUCGCAGAUAGCGGCCGGCGAGUACAAUCUCUUCUCGGACGAUGUGGUCGAGUGUGUGGACAGCGAGGAUGGCGGUGUGGCGGCGGGCGGAGCGAAGAAGGACGCCCGUACGGUUGCGGUUGAGCUGCUGCUGGAUGCGGACAGCAGCGCCAAGGACAAACCGUUGCUCGGCAGCUCGGAGAUUGAGAUCGUGGAAAGCAUUGACGAGAGCAGCAUCGGCACGACGGCGGAAGAUUUCGAGGCCAUGAUUGACAGUCGGCCCAAGACGGCCACACCACCGACGGUCGCGGCGGAUGGUGCGCCAAGUGCGGCGAAGACCGAACCGACCGUCACCGUUACCAGGAAGGAGGAAAAGGUGGUGGAAAAAGUGGCCACUCCUAAGAAAGAGGUAACGCUGGUCACGGUGCAUCAGCAGCAGCAGCAGCAGCAGCAAAGUCCGAAGCCAAUCUCGUACCCAACGGCCCGCAUUGCCAUCCAGCAGUCGUUGAUGCAGAACCGACCGAUCGUUUCCGCCGCCCACCAGCGGCUGGUGAAGGAUGCGACGGAAUCGACCGCCAAGCUGUCGAUCGGCAACACCACCAUCUCGGUGCCGAUACUGAAAAGCUUCCCCAUGACGGCGACACCGUCGAAAGCGGCCGGCACGGAACAGAACGCGGCCAGCAAGGCGGCAACGCUUGCGACCCAUUCGAAGAAACUGAUCAACACGUCGGGCGGGCUUUCGAUCAGCAACAUUUCGAAGAACCCGGCCGGCGGGACGGUGAUCGCGGUGGGAGGGCAGAAAAUUAACACCACCAGCAUCGUCACGCUGUCCUCGCUCAACCUCAACCAAUCGUCCCCGUUCAUAACGAAAACGUUCGCGCGGCAUGGCGGUGGCCUCACGAUACAGCAGCAAAAGCAACUGUCCGUCGGUUCGCAGAUCAAAAUUCAGCAGGCUGGUUCCGUUGUGCUGCAGCAACAACAGCAACAACAACAAUCUGCACAACCAACAGCAACCAGUUCCGGUGCAAAUGCGAGCCAACCCGGGCCGGCUGCGGCCGCCGGGACGAGUGUAACGUUCGGUGUGGUGCAAAGCACGGCGCAGCAAUCGCAACCACCGAUCGAGGCGAUCGUGGUGAAAGCGUCGCCGAAACCGAAGGUGGCCUCUACGUCGAGCCUCAGCUACGCGAAGCUAUCGUCGCUUACCGUCACGCAGGACACGUCGCUGCCGACGAAGAUCUUCGAGGAUGAUUCCAUCUCCCCGGACAGUUCGAUCAGUCAGGAAGAUGCGGAGCAGCCAGCGCUAGAUAAAUCGGACCUCGCCGGACCGGCGGAGGAAGCUGCUGCUCCCAAAACCACGUCCACCGAAACGCCGGGAGGUCAGGAUACGCCUGCCACGACGGCGGAAACGACCCAACAGCCCGACGGCCAAACCGUUAAGGGCAAGCAGAACAUCAUUCCGGUGCACGUGAUAGCAAAGUCGCGGGAAAACUCGCGCAGCCCCAUACUGACGGGUGCGGGCGGGCAACGGAUCGUCUCCUCCAUGCCACAGCUUUCGCCCCUCUCACAGCCGAACGAGCUGACGCUGAACGCUAUGAACGUGUCGCAGCAGGUACGCUCCAUCAUGUCCUCCAUCAGCGUUUCGAACGCGGCGAGCGUGGCGGGCAGCAGUAGUGCCGGCGGCGGUGGUACGCCGAGCGUCGUGCUGUCGAUGGCCCCGUCGACGACGACGGCGGCCGGCACGACGAGCGUCGCGUCCAGCGUGGCAGCGAGCAACAUAUCCACCAUCACGUUCGACACGAUCCUUCCCUCCAAGGGCGACAACAUGAGCAAGACGGAAACGAUUGCCAGCAUCCUGAAGACGGUGUCGGGCAAAACGAUCCUCCCGGCGGCGGCGAUCGCCAGCAACUCCAAUCUGGUCAAAGCGUCCGAGCAGCAGAGCGGCAGCCCGUCGCUCACGUCCACCACCAUCACGCAGAUACCGGCCACGAAGCUGAUCACGCAGCAGCUGCAGCUGAGCCGGCUGCCGGGGCAAACGAUCGGCAGUGGCAACAGCAACUUCCUGGUGGUGAAGCAGCUACGAACACCGAACAAGCAGACCGGGCAGAACCACAUGCAGAAGCAGCUGGUCGUGCUGACCCAGCAGGGCCAGGGCGGACAGCAGAUCAAGCUGCAGACGCACCAAACGCAGCAGCUCGCGGCUGGCAACAGCGUCAUCAUACAGAGCCAGCCGGGCAGCAGCGGGGGAGCGACCGGGAGCUUUAUGAAAAUAUCCACCACACCCACGAUCGUGUCGACGGCAGCGGGUGGUGGUGAUACGGCGAGCAGCAAAUCCGUCACCACCACGGUCGAUACGACCAGUGCCAGCGGGAUUGCGACAAUCCUGAGCAACGCAAACGCUCAGCAGCAGCAGCAGCAAAAAACACUCACCACAUCACAGCAACCAGCGGCGCAGCUGCAGAGCUCGUCGCCGCAGCAAAUCAUCUGCACCAACCAGGCGACGGGCCAGACGCGAAUACUCAACCUCGGCACGGUGGUGGCGGCGGCUGCGGCAGCGUCCGGUGACGGAACGUCCGCGAACGCCGCCAACCCGCCGACCAAGUCCAUCGUGAUGAGCACGUCGCGUGCCGCCACCAUCACGAGCAUCAACGUGACGUCCACGACGGCCACACCGGUCGCCAGCAUCCUCAGUGCCACGCUGUCGCAGCCGCUGAUCAAAACCAGCUCCCACAUGCCAUCCUCCAUCACGACGCUGCUCCAGAGCCAGCUGCAAAGUGCGGCCUCGUUCCGGCGCUCCAAGUCCACCGAUGAGGCGCCCGCGCACGGACACGGGCGCGAAACGGCCUCGCAAAUACUGAGCAAGCGGCUCAGCCUGGAGUCGACCAAUGUCGUGAAAAGCGAACCGGUCGACAGCGCGUCGGACGAUGCGAGCGUUAGCAGCUCCACUGCUCAGGCUGCCAGCAGCACGUCAGCCACCGCUGGUGGCAACCAGCCGAAGCCGGACACACCGGCUGCGGCGGCAACCGCGGGAAGUGGAUGCAAAUUCUCAACCAUGCCGUCCGCCGGCACGGUCACAAAGUCGGAAGACUCGCAGAACGUGCUGCUCAAGCAGCUGCUGCAGAACAGUGGCAGCUCUAGCGCGUCGUCCGUAUCGUCGCCGGCCCCGUCGCCCAUCGGUCGGGCCGUGCCGAGUCUCAUAACGAGCCAGCGGGCACCGAGCCUGGGUGUGGUGAGCUCGCUCGAAGCGCAGCUCGCCCGGCCAGUGAUUCCACCGUCCGCCAAUCCACCCGCCAUCCAGCUCAUUAGCAGCCAGCCGAUACCGGCGAUUGCGGCGUCGAUCAGCUCCAUAUCGUCGUCCACCGUCUCCUCGGCAGCAGCUGCUUCCACGCCGUCUGCAGCGUUAAUGAGCGUGUCGUCUGGAACUAGCAUCGGCAGCAGCACCACCACCACGUCAGUUACGACGGCGUCGGCAAGCAACAGUACCAGCAGCAGCAGUACAGCGGAAGCAGCGAAAACGAAGCUUAUCUCGCGGGAAACGUCUUUCGUGUCGAAGCCACCCGGCAUAUCGUCGAGCCAUCCGACACCGAAUCUGGCGGCCAACAUGCUUGCCGCCAGUAUGAAGAAGGAGGAGAUGCUACAGGCAGCCGCGGCGGCAGCAGCUACCACCAUCACCACAACCACCACCACGUCCGGUGCGACCGUUGGUCAGGGAACGGUUAAGCUCGAUUCCGGAACAAUUACGGUCACACAGCUUCAAGCAUCACAACCGACAGUCACUACGGCGGCUGCCUCGCAACAGCUCCAAACGACGGUGACGGCCACCAAAUCUGCUAUGCCACCACAACAACAGCAAGUAAAUUCGCUACAAUUUUCCCAACAAAACAACCAACUGCAGUCGAAAACGCUGCCAAACGCUGCCACUGUCGUGGGCUCUGUUGGCGAGACGAACGUAACCAUCGUCAAGCGUGAUGCCGUGACGCAGCAGACAGUGUCAAGCGUCACAACAGUGCUGCCAGCGUCCACCAGCGUGACGGUGACGGCCAAAAGUGGUCCACCUGAGGAGUCGAUGAAACGCUUUGCGCCGAGUCCGGUGCAGCAGCAGAUUGGAGACACAACGAUAGUGCGAACUCCUACACCGACGCCCUCGCCGGGUCCGAUGCAACAGCCCUCGAGGCCACCGUCUGCUGCACCCCGAUCGGAAACGCCCGUUGACAUAAAAAAAGAGCCGGAACAAUCACUGAACAGUGGCUCUGCUUCUGUGGCCUCUGCCACGACCACCACCUCCACCGUGUCAGGCACAACCACACCGAUAAUGUCAUCACCAGUCGCCCCAAUGGGUCCUCCGGCAACAACAGCAGUGACACCUUCGCCCGCUGCGGCUCAAACGACGCCAACCGCGUUGAAAUCUCCUCUACCACCCGGAAGUGUGGAAUCCACGACGACCAUCACCGGUUCUCCUGCCAUCACGAAAGUGGAAGCCAGUAGUGGUGGCCCCUCGCCGGUAAGCACAGUGCCCACCGCCACCGCCAUCAAAGAGGAACCGACGGAACCUCUCACAGCCGAGCAGGCGGCCAAGCGGGCGGCCGAGCUGGCGCUCGAGCUGAAGAAAAAGAAGCGCCGCGAGUACCAGAAAAACCGGCGCCAGAUGCAGAUCCAGUCGAACAAGGACAACGCGCACAGCCAGGCGAAGAAGAAGCCGAAAAAGUCGGUCAAGAUCGAGGAGGACUACGACACGUGCAUCGACAACCUGAUGGGCCAGCUGCGCCAGCUGCCCCAGAUGCAGAUCCUCGAGCCGCAGCUGCCCCGCAACUACGGCGUCUGCUCCGUGUUCGGCACCGGCGACCUGUCCAAGUUUACCAACCUGAAAGGGUACUCGAUCGCGACCGGCGACCUGACCGGGCGGUACGGCGACGCCCAGAUACCCUCGAUAGCGGACUUUUACAACACGAAACCGUUCGGCGUGAAGGAUCCGCCGCCCGAGCCGACGCCCGUCUCGGUGCACCGCGGCUUCUACGACCAGGAGUUUGCGCCGAUCAAGUUCGAGACGGAGGACCGGCAGCGGUACGAGUUUGUGCGCGACCGGGACCUCGAUUCGCCCGACACGAUCAUCAGCACGUCCAGCCCGGAGUGCUUGCGGUGGGACUCGCCGGUCAGCUUUCCGGGCCUGCGGCUGAUCAAGGAGGAGCCGGCCGAGGACGAGCAGACGGCCGUGUACAGGCAGAUGUCGCCGGUCAUCCCGAUACUGGCGCCAAUUCCGAUCCGGCUGCGCAAGGGCAUCACCCUGUCGGCGGAUUCGACUGGUCGGCCGCAGCAAGGAGCGAACGUCGCCGGCAGCAACAAGGAGAACGAAGGGUUCCGGGAGACGGCGGGCGUCAAGUCGCGGUUUGGGCCGCCCACCCCGCUCAAGGACACGAGCAAUGUGACGGUCACGCUGACGCUGACCUCCUCGGCGGUGGACGACAUUUUCGGCGUGCUGCGCGAUUUGGCCAACAUGCUGGAGAUACCGCCGCCGACCACGUACCAGAUAGUGGAGCGUACGGUGUCGCCCACCAGCCAAAAGCUGGGCCUGUACCGGACGAAGGGCCGGGACGGGAAGGAGGGCGCCCCGAUCGACAUCCAGACCAUCCUGAACGGAUCGGCCCGGUUCUGCCGGCACUGCGACGUGGUCAUACUGAGCAACAUCAUCAUCGCGAACGCGUCCGAGUUCCCGCUGCUGGCGGCGAACGGUGACGUCGGCGGCCAGGCCGAGCUCGAGUCGGAGGAGCUGUACUUCUGCGGGGAGCAGUGCUACCGACAGUUCCGCUGCUGCCCGACCAGCAUACUGGACGAGGCUGGGGACAGUAGCGCCGGUGCUGCAGCACUGGCCACUGGCGAAGGUACGGCAGCGCUCAGUCACAAACCGGACACAGGUGCGCCGAACGUCGAUGUGGCAGCCGUGUCCGGUGCGGUGGAAAUCAAGCAGGAAGUACUGGAGGACGUAGAAAUGGAAGAUGUCACGGCCGGCAACAGCUCCACCGGCAGCGUUAAGGACGCACCGGGCAGCGGCGAGCGCAAGAAGAAGCACCCGGACGAUGGCAUGGAGGUGGAUGUGCUUGCGGGCGCACCACCCACCAAACAGAUGAAGGGCGUUCGGUACAAGGUGUACACACCGAACUGCUUCGGCGUGCAGCGGUUCAAGAAGCCGAGCGAGAAGGAAAUCACCGAAACGCUGUUCCGCAUGAGCAUCACGGUGGCCCCGACGCCCAAAAUGCCGGACGAUACGCGGCGCUGCAUCUUCUGCCACACGGUGGGCGACGGGGUCGCGGACGGACCGUCCCGGCUGCUCAACUACGACGUCGACAAGUGGGUGCACCUGAACUGUGCGCUCUGGUCGGACGGGGUGUACGAGACGGUGAACGGUGCGCUGAUGAACCUGGAGAAUGCGCUCCAGCAAAGCCUCACGUCGGUGUGCGCCUUCUGCAGCACGCUGGGCGCGACGGUGAAGUGCUUCAAGACGCGCUGCGCCAACGUGUACCAUCUGAGCUGCGCGAUGAAGGAUAGCUGCGUGUUCUACAAGAACAAAACCACCAUGUGCCAGACGCACGCGCCCAAGACGGAGAAGGACUCGGAGCUGACGACGCUGAGCGUGCAGCGCCGGGUGUACGUCGACCGGGACGAAAGCCGCCAGGUCGCGUCGGUGAUGCACCAUUCCGAGUCGAACAAUCUGCUGCGGGUGGGCAGCCUGAUCUUCCUCAACGUGGGGCAGCUGCUGCCGCACCAGCUGCAGAGCUUCCACACGCCGAACUACAUCUAUCCGAUCGGCUACAAAAUUAUUCGCUUCUACUGGUCCAUGCGCCGUCCGAACAAGCGCUGCCGGUACAUCUGCUCGAUCGCGGACGUGUGCGGCCGGCCCGAGUUCCGCGUGCUGGUGCAGGAGACGGCCGAGGAGGACAUCGAGCUGCGCGACGCAACGCCGAAAGCCGUCUGGCAGCGGAUCCUCGAGCCGAUGGCACAGCUGCGCAAGAGCUGCCAGAUCGUGCAGCUCUUCCCGAAGUACAUCUCGGGCGAGGAUCUGUUCGGGCUGACCGAGCCCGCGGUCGUGCGCAUCCUGGAGAGCCUGCCCGGCAUCGAAACGCUCACCGACUACCGGUUCAAGUAUGGGCGCAACCCACUGCUCGAACUGCCGCUCGCCAUCAAUCCGUCCGGUGCGGCCCGCACCGAGCCGAAGCUGAAGCACACACUGUCGUGGAAGAAACCGCACACGCAGCGGACCGGAUCGGUCAGCCAGCGGCCCACGUUCGUGCCGACCAGCUCGCCGGCCGGCGAGGUGGCCUGCCCGUACAGCAAGCAGUUCGUGCACUCGAAGAGCUCGCAGUACAAGAAGAUGAAGCAGGAGUGGCGCAACAACGUGUUCCUGGCGCGCUCCAAGAUCCAGGGCCUGGGCCUGUACGCGGCGCGCGAUCUCGAGAAGCACACGAUGGUGAUCGAGUACAUCGGCGAGGUGAUACGCACCGAGGUGUCCGAACUGCGCGAGAAGCAGUACGAGGCGAGGAACCGUGGUAUCUACAUGUUCCGGCUGGACGAGGAGCGGGUGGUGGACGCGACGCUGAGCGGUGGGCUCGCCCGAUACAUCAACCACUCGUGCAACCCGAACUGCGUGACGGAGAUCGUCGAGGUGGACCGGGAGCUGCGCAUCAUCAUCUUCGCCAAGCGGCGCAUCAACCGCGGCGAGGAGCUGUCCUACGACUACAAGUUCGACAUCGAGGACGAUGCGCACAAGAUAUCGUGCAUGUGCGGUGCACCGAACUGCAAGAAAUGGAUGAACUAAGCUGUUACGCAUCCCGGAGAAAAACAUAAAGCACCAGCCAAAUGCCAGAGCGACGCGCAGUGGUGGUGGCCGUCGUUCGUGCAUUUUCUUCACACCAUUGUUACCUCGACAUCCAAUGCAGUUGUAAAAUGUAGAUUAGUGUUAUGUGCGGGUGGGAAAAGCGGUUGUUCCGUCACCUUAGGUAUAUAUAUUGUUCCGCACGUUAUAAGGCUCUUUUAAUUGCUAGUGGUUAACUACAGGGUUUCGGUAUUGAUUAGGUUUAGCCUUUUUUUUCUUUGAGUAUUAAGCUUAGAUGUUUUAGAUUCUCUUUCCUUUUUUUAACUAUUUAAGUUGUACUACUCCGGGCUUAAGCACUCUUAAUUUCAUGCUUUAUUUAGAGGCGAAAAGUUAGACGAUACACACAAGGCUCUGACAAAUUACAAGCGUAGGGUUGCAGCAAUACUGUAAAAAACAAAAACAAACAAAAACACACAGCAAAACAUAAUUCUAAGUAGUAACAACCUACCUGGUAAGCGUAUGUGUAAUUAUCUGUAUGUUUUCAAUUUUUAUAACUCAUUUGUUAAUUGUGCGAGCUAGGAAAAAAGGAGCUAAUGACAUGUGUGGUGGUUAAAAGGGAGCGCGCGUUAGUGUUAUGUUGCACCGGACCGUUGUAGUGGGGACGAUACGCACGGCUUUUAGAAAGGCGGCGUCGAGUUCUGUGUGUAGUUAGUGUUUUAGUGUAUUAUAGUGCGCGCUCUGCCCGCACCGAAAACCCCCUCCCGUUUGGCGCGAUACGAUAAGUGAGUAGAACAAUAAGGUGAUAGUUAAUUAGAUGGCAAAGAAAACGGGGAAAGCAGUUAUAUUUUAAAUGACCACGUUACACAGCGUUACACGCACGGUUUAACGGAUUACAUCUUGACCCUUCCCCCCUCUUGUCGGGUGAAUCGAUGAGAGACAAGCAAACGUUAGGAUCAAAGGUAUAUACACACUCAUUACGGCAAACAAAUAUAUAUACACGGGCGCGCGCGCGCGCG